CGGCAGAGGCGACCCGGCGGCCCGGCGCGCACUCCCGCUCCCGGCGUCCGCCCGGCGCUGCGCAGGCGGGGCAAGAUGGAAGAGGUGCUGAGCAGGCUGCAGAAGGAAGCGUCGGGGAGCAAGCACCGGGCCAUCAGGGAGAGCUGCGCCUGGGCCCUAGAAACCCUGGGUGGCCCGGACACCAUCGUCAAGAUCCCCCCACACUUGCUGAGGGAGAAAUGCCUGCUGCCUCUCCAGCUGGCUUUGGAAUCCAAGAACAUGAAGCUGGCUCAACAUGCCUUGGCUGGGAUGCAGAAGCUUCUGUCGGAGGAGAGGUUUGUAUCCACGGCAACGGACUCGGAUGAGAAGCAGCUGCUCAAUCAGAUGCUGAACGCGGUGAAGGUGACGCCUUCGCUCCACGAGGACCUGCAGGUGGAGGUGAUGAAGGUCCUGCUCUGCAUCACCUACACCCCCACCUUCGACCUGAACGGGAGCGCCGUGCUGAAGAUCGCCGAGUUUUGUUUAGCAUGCCAUAAAGCUGGAAGUCCACAAAUGCAUGAAAUGAUCAAUAUCUCCCUUACGAAACUCCUCAGUGCCCUUUGUCUUCGAGCGUUCCCUGGCGACCAAGGGCCUGGGGCUUUCCACAAGGUGUGCGUUGAGACAUACACGAGUAGCUGCCACCAGCGCAGUAUAAACACUGCCGUGCGGGCAACUCUCAGUCAAAUGCUCAGCGACCUGACUUUACAGUUACGGCAGAGGCAGGAGAACACGAUAAUUGAAAACCCAGAUGUCCCACAGGAAUUCGGGAAUCAAGGGUCAACUGUUGAGGCCCUGUGCGACGACGUCGUUUCUGUGCUUGCUGUCCUCUGUGAAAAGCUACAGGCCACCAUAAAUGAGAACCAGCAGCUGCAGCUUCUGUACUCAGAGUGCAUUCUCUCCGUGCUUAGCAGCUCCUCCUGCUCCAUGCGGCUGCACCGCGGCUUCACGGACCUGAUCUGGAAAAGCCUGUGCCCCGCGCUCAUUGCCAUCCUGGGAAACCCGGUGCACGACAAGACCAUCGCCUCGGCGCACGGGGGCAGCGCGGGCCCCGGCGGGGAGGCGGACUCGGCGGCCCCGGGCGUCGCGGACCACGGCCGGGGCUCCGGGUGCUCGGCGGCGGCGCCGGCCCUGAGCGGGCCCGUGGCGCGCACCGUCUACUACAUCGCGGCCGAGCUGGUGCGCCUGGUGGGCGCCGCCGAGUGCGUGAAGCCCGUGCUGCAGUCGCUCUACCACCGCGUGCUGCUCUACCCGCCCCCCCAGCACCGCGUGGAGGCCAUCAAAGUCCUGAAAGAGUUACUCGGGAGCCCUCAGCGUCUCUGUGAUUUGGCAGGACCCAGCGCCACUGAAACAGAAUCUAGAAAGAGAUCAAUUUCCAAAAGAAAAUCGCAUCUGGAUCUUCUCAAACUCAUCAUGGACGGCGUGACCGAAGCCUGCCUCAAGGGUGGCCUGGAAGCCUGCCACGCCUCCGUGUCCUGCGUGUGCACCUUGCUUGGCGCCUUGGAUGAGCUCAGCCAGGGCCGGGGCUUGAGCGAGGCGCAGGUGCAGCUGCUGCUGCUGCGCCUCGAGGAGCUGAAGGACGGGCCCGAGUCAAGCCGGGACUCCAUGGAAAUCAACGAGGCGGACUUCCGCUGGCAGCGGAGGGUCCUUUCCUCAGAGCACACGCCGUGGGAGCCGGGGACCGAGAGGAGCCCUGACAUCAGCAUCAGUGUCACCAACGACACGGGCCAGACCACGCUGGAGGGCGAGCUGGGCCAGAAGACGCCCGAGGAGCCCUCCGCAAGCCACAAGGACAGGCUCAAGUCGCCGGCUCUCCAGGAGAGCAAGGAGGUCCGAGUGUCAGAACCGGAGGCAGCCGACCAGCCGGACGUGGUGCAGAGAAGCCACACGGUGGUCUACCCCGACAUAACCAACUUCCUCUCGGUCGACUGCAGGACGAGGUCCUACGGCUCCAGGUACAGCGAGAGCAACUUCAGCGUCGACGACCAGGACCUUUCCAGGACUGAGUUUGACUCCUGCGAUCAGUACUCGAUGGCGGCCGAGAAGGACUCGGGGAGGUCCGACGUCUCGGACAUCGGGUCCGACAACUGCUCGCUGGCCGACGAGGAGCACAGCCCGCAGGACUGCCUGGGCCACAGGUCCCUGCGCACGGCCGCCCUCUCGCUGCGGCUGCUGAGGAACCAGGAGGCAGACCAGCACAGCGCCAGGCUCUUCGUGCAGGCCCUGGAGAACCUCCUGCCCCGGCUGCUGGCGCUGCCCAGCGUGGAGGAGGUGGACGCCGCCCUCCAGAACUUGGCCGCCACCUUCUGCUCAGGCAUGAUGCACUCUCCAGGCUGUGACGGGAGCAGCAGCCUCAGCUUCCAGAUGCUUAUGAACGCAGACAGCCUGUACACAGCCUCACACUGCGCCCUGCUCCUCAACCUGAAGCUCUCCCAUGGCGACUACUACAGGAAGAGGCCGGCCCUAGCACCUGGCGUCCUGAAAGAGUUCCUGAAGCAGGCACAGUCCAGUGGGACGCUGAUGGUCCUCUCCCAGGCCUGGCUGGAGGAGCUCUACCACCAGGUGCUCGACAGAAACAUGCUGGGAGACGCCGGCUACUGGGGCAGCCCGGAGGACGUCGGCCUCCCCCUCAUCACCAUGCUCACCGACAUCGACGGCUUGGAGAGCAGCGCCAUCGGCGGCCAGCUGAGGGCCUCGGCGUCCGCAGAGUCCCCCUUCACGCAGAGCCGGAGGAUGGAUGACGCCACAGUGGCAGGUGUGGCAUUUGCGCGCUACAUUCUGGUUGGCUGCUGGAAGAACCUCAUCGACACCUUGUCGACGCCCCUGACCGGUCGGAUGGCGGGGAGCUCCAGAGGCCUGGCCUUCAUCCUGGGGGCUGAGGGCGUCAAAGAGCAGACCCAGAAGGAGCGCGAUGCCAUCUGCAUGAGCCUCGACGGGCUGCGGAAGGCCGCGCGGCUGAGCUGUGCCCUAGGAGUCGCUGCCAACUGCGCCUCGGCCCUUGCCCAGAUGGCCGCUGCCUCCUGUGUCCAGGAAGAGAAAGAGGACAGGGACGCCCAGGAGCCCAGCGACACCAUCGCCCAAGUGAAGCUCAAAGUGGAGCAGAAACUGGAGCAGAUGGGGAAGGCGCCGGGGGUGUGGCUGCACACUGCGCAUGUCCUGUGCAUGGACGCCAUCCUCAGCGUGGGCCUGGAGAUGGGGAGCCACAACCCCGACUGCUGGCCGCACGUGUUCAGGGUCUGCGAGUUCGUGGCCACGCUGGAGCACACCCACUUCAGCGACGCUGCCUCCCGGCCCUCCCUGACCAUCAGCCAGCCCCAGAAGGCGGGGGGCUGUGGCCUGCUGGGGGCCCCCGAGGCCGAAGACGCGGCCCCGGAGCCGGGCCUGGGGCCCAAGCGCAGCCUGCAGCCCCCCUCAGUCCAGGAGCUGGUGCGGGAGGGCGGCCGCGGCCGGGCCUGCGAGCUGCGUGGGGGCAGCGUCCUGAGCGGGGCCCGGGCGGCCAAGGCUGUGCUCGCCCUGUCCACGCAGGCCGACAGGCUCUUCGAAGAUGCUACCGAUAAGCUGAACCUGGUGGCCCUCAGCGGGUUUCUCCAGCAGCUGAAGAAGGCCUCGCAGUCCCAGCUUUUCCAUUCCGUUACCGAGACAGUUGACUACUCGCUGGCAAUGCCAGGGGAAGUGAAAUCCACCCUGGACCGAAAAAGCGCGCUCCACCUGUUCCGCCUGGGAGACGCCAUGCUGAGGAUUGUGAGGAGCAAAGCACGGCCCCUGCUCCACGUGAUGCGCUGCUGGAGCCUCGUGGCCCCGCACCUGGUGGAGGCCGCCUGCCACAAGGAGAGGCACGUGUCUCAGAAGGCCGUGUCCUUCAUCCACGACAUACUGACGGAGGUCCUCACCGACUGGAACGAACCACCUCACUUUCACUUCAACGAGGCCCUCUUCCGACCCUUCGAGCGCAUCAUGCAGCUGGAGCUGUGCGACGAGGAUGUCCAAGACCAGGUGGUCACGUCCAUCGGGGAGCUGGUGGAGGUGUGCUCCCCUCAGAUCCAGUCGGGGUGGAGGCCCCUGUUCAGCGCCCUGGAAACGGUGCACGGUGGGAACAAGUCUGAACUGAAGGAGUACCUGAUUGGUGACUACUCCAUGGGAAAAGGCCAGGCCCCAGUAUUUGAUGUGUUUGAAGCUUUUCUCAACACCGACAGCAUCCAGGUGUUUGCCAACGCCGCCACCAGCUACAUCAUGUGCCUCAUGAAGUUUGUCAAAGGCCUGGGGGAGGUGGACUGCAAGGAGCUGGGCGACUGUGUCCCGGGGCCCGGAGCCGGAGCCGCGUCCAUGGACCUGUGCCGACCCGCCCUGGACUACCUCCGGCGCUGCUCGCAGCUAUUGGCCAAAAUCUACAAAAUGCCCUUGAAGCCGAUCUUCCUCAGUGGGCGGCUGGCGAGCUUGCCGCGGAGACUUCAGGAGCAGUCGGCGAGCAGUGAGGAUGGGAUUGAAUCCGUCCUGUCUGAUUUUGAUGACGACACCGGUCUCAUAGAAGUCUGGAUCAUCCUGCUCGAACAGCUCACAGCAGCCGUGUCCAACUGUCCCCGCCAGCACCAGCCACCCACCUUGGACUUACUCUUUGAGCUUCUGAGAGAUGUCACCAAAGUUCCUGGCCCAGGGUUCGGCAUCUACGCGGUGGUUCACCUUCUCCUCCCGGUGAUGUCCCUCUGGCUCCGUCGCAGCCACACAGACCAUUCGUACUGGGAUGUGGCCUCUGCCAACUUCAAGCAUGCCCUCGGCCUGUCCUGUGAGCUGGUGGUAGAGCACGUUCAGAGCUUCAUACACUCAGACGUCAGGUAUGAAAGCAUGAUCAACACUCUGCUGAAGGACUUCUUUGAGCUGCUGGUGGCAUGUGUGGCCAAGCCCACAGAGACCAUCUCCAGAGUGGGCUGCUCCUGUAUCAGGUAUGUCCUGGUGACAGCGGGGCCUGUGUUCACGGAGGAGAUGUGGAGGCUGGCUUGCUGUGCGCUGCAGGAUGCCUUCUCGGCCACACUCAAGCCCGUGAAGGACCUGCUGGGUUGCUUCCGCAGUGGCACAGAGAGCCUCAGCGGGGAAGGCUGCCAGGUGAGGGUGGCAGCACCCUCCUCAUCCCCCAGUGCCGAGGCCGAGUACUGGCGCAUCCGAGCCAUGGCCCAGCAGGUGUUUAUGUUGGACACCCAGAGCUCACCAAAGACUCCAAACACCUUUGAUCAUGCACAGUCCUGUCAGCUUAUCAUUGAGCUGCCUCCAGAUGAGAAACCAAAUGGACACACCAAGAAAAGCGUCUCUUUCAGGGAGGUUGUGGUGAGCCUCCUGUCGCAUCAGGUGCUGCUCCAGAACCUCUAUGACAUCUUGCUGGAGGAGUUCGUCAAGGGCCCCUCUCCGGGCGAGGAGAAGGCCGCCCCGGUGCCCGAGGCCAGGCCGGCGGGCUUCCUGCGCUACAUCUCCAUGCAGAACCUGGCCGUCAUCUUCGACCUCCUGCUGGACUCCUACAGGACGGCGCGCGAGUUCGACACCAGCCCGGGCCUGAAGUGCCUGCUGAGGAAGGUGUCCGGCAUCGGCGGCGCCGCCAACCUCUACCGCCAGUCGGCCAUGAGCUUCAACAUCUACUUCCACGCGCUGGUGUGCGCCGUGCUCACGCACCAGGACGCCAUCACGGCCGAGCAGGUGAAGAAGGUGCUCUUCGAGGACGACGAGAGGAGCUCCGACUCCUCGCAGCAGUGCUCGUCGGAGGACGAGGACAUCUUCGAGGAGACGGCGCAGGUGAGCCCGCCGCGGGGCCGGGAGCAGCGGCGGUGGCGCGCGCGGCUGCCCUCGCUCAGCGCGCAGCCGGUCAGCAACGCCGACUGGGCCUGGCUGGUCCGGCGGCUGCACAAGCUGUGCCUGGAGCUGUGCGGCAACUACAUCCAGGGCCACCUGGACCUGCAGAGCAGCCUGGAGGAGCCGCCGGCGCUCAGGGCCGACGCCUUCUGCAGCCUGCCCUCCUUCCCGUCCGAGUCCUCCAGCCCCUCCACCGGCGGCUUCUCGGGCAAAGGGACCCCAUCCGAGGACGAUCGCAGCCAGGCGCGGGAGCCCGCCGGCGGGGACCCGCAGCCGCCGCCGGCCCCGAGCCCCAGGGCGGAGAGGAAGGAGCCCGGGCGCAGGAGGGAGUGGUGGGAGAGCGCGGGGAGCAAGAUCUGCACCAUGGCGGCCGACAGGACCCUCUCCAAGCUGAUGACCGAGUACAAGAGGAGAAAGCAGCAGCCGCAGAGCCCGCCCGCCUUCCCCCAGGAGGGCCCGGGGGAGAGGAAGGGGGAGCCGCUGGGCGCCCGGGCCCCCGCGUCCCCGCUGCCGCAGCGGCCCCAGCGCCUGGUGGAGCAGGGCCGGAUGCGACACUCGUUCAGCGCGGGCCCCGAGCUGCUGCGCCAGGAGCAGAGGCCGCGCUCGGGCUCCACCGGCAGCUCCCGCGGCGUGUCGGUGCGCGACGCCGAGGCCCAGAUCCAGGCAUGGACCAACAUGGUGCUAACGGUUCUCAAUCAGGUCCAGAGCCUCCCGGACCAGACAUUCACUGCCCUCCAGCCAGCCGUGUUUCCCUGCAUCAGCCAGCUGACCUGCCACGUUACUGACAUCCGCGUCCGCCAGGCCGUGAGAGAGUGGCUGGGCCGGGUGGGCCGCGUCUAUGACAUCAUCGUGUAGGGAUUCUGCAUCCCUUCCCACGGAAACAGAAUAGCAAGGGUCCGAGUGCCCGCCAAUCCAAGUGAUAUCAUCCCCCACCACCAGCCCCACUCAGCUAGUGUCUCGGAGCACAGUGCCCCCCACUGUGAAACGCCUUUCCAGCCACCUCCUAAGCAGUCUGCACCGGGCCAUCCUGGGCACUAACGUAUCAAAGAACACAAAUGAUUCUCUGAUUUUGCACAGCAUUUCAGAUGAGUCUCUGUUCCUUGCCACCUCUUUCUGAAUCUUAAAGUUUAUUUCCCAGUGCUUUUGCUUGUGUCAUUGUCCCCAAGUGAGUCCGUUUCAAGGACAACUCCUUUAAAACACUACAUUGACCCAUUUGAUCCAUCCUUUUAAAAAUACAUGCAAUUUGCUUUGGAAAUAACUGCUGGUAAGUCAAGCUGAUGUAUAAACAUGCAGACAUCCAGUACCAGACAUUAAUUAAUUGGAGGAAGAUUCUGAUUGUGGUUAUGGGUUUGGUGGGGAAGAAAAGUGCUGCAAAAAUAUAUCCUUGGGUGUAAUAGUCAAGAAAGGACUGACUUCUGCAGAAUAUUCCAGAACAUUUAAAAAUUGCUCCUAAGUUGUGAAGCUUUUCAGGUUGGUAUUUACCAACUUCACCAUUUAGGGUACUGUGUGCCUUUAUUUCUAGAGGACAAGCACUCUUCCCUGGCAGGGUUUUAAGUCUAUGGCGUGGCAGCUUUGAUGCAGAGUACCCUGUGAUGCUCAGAUUGCCAAGAGGCCUAAGGCUGGCUGCCCCCCAGGCUGUCCUGUUAGUCUUUGCUUCCGUUCCCAAGGCAAGCAAGGAAAGGAAGGAAAAAUCAGUGCCUUAGUCCCUUGUUGCACAGAUAUUUCCAUGCCCCAUAGUUAUCUGAACGCAAGGUACAUUUGGUUGUUCAGAAAGCAAAACAUUAAUACAACUCACACGCAUUAAGAACGCGUCAACCAUUCUUGGAGGAAGGAACUCCCAGUGACCCCACUUCUCAGGGAAGGGGCAGGAAGUGUAGAUUAGGGAGAUGGCUGGGAGGGGUGGGGAAGGAGAUGAGGGCAAAAGCAUUUCACAUCUUAAGAAACUGGCCAAUUUAACUCUAGAAUAGUAUAGAACAAUUAAAUGAAAUUAUAGUGUCAGUUAUACAUGCCUAGUUUCAGAAGAAAAUAAAAUUAAAGAAGGGGACAGAGAAUGAAAUUAAGAACAUUUAUUUUUUUAUUUAAAAUCUUCUCUUGGGCAUGUACAUUUAACCUAUAUUUGAGGUCCUUUUAUUCAGACCAAUAUUUAAGGCUGUUAAAAUAUUUAUUUUCCUAAGUGUUACUAGUAAAUGAAUCCAGAAUCUCUAUCUUAUUAUUUACAGUAUAUUUUAGAUUUCUUAAACUCUAACAAUAAUGCUUGAAGUUCCUCAGUCAAGCCCACUUAUAAGCAUUCUAGAUAGUAGGGUUGAUUGCUAAAGCAUAGAUUGUGAUUUUUCCCGACCCUAAAAAUUUCUUCAUAAUUUAAUACAUCAUACUUUAAAAAUAAAACAUCACGUCUUCAGUAUUGAUUAAGAAUUUAGCUGACUGAGCAUUAUUCAGUGCUAGAAUUUGUAAACUUGGUCUUCCUUGAGGAAUAAGUAGCUAUCUACAAGGUUAAGAGGAAGGCAUGUUUCCCUAAUUUAUUCGGGUAACCAAAAAGAAAGAACCCUCCCCUUCAGGAUGCUUUCUAGAGAUCACAGAAUCUAGAAAACAUUUGCCCAUUCCAUAAAGUUUUCUCUUUGCCUUCAGUUAUUACUCAUUAGACAAUAAUUGAGCUUUAGAAACAGAUUGUCAGCUCUCUGAUCUUAGCAGGCAAUAAAUUGUUACAAUAGCAAUGAGCUGUUUUCUAGACUUCUGAAUUUUUAUACUUUGUAAAUGGACUUGGAAAUCAGGUGGAUACAUUUUUUUUAAACAAAAGAAGUACAAUGUUGUAAAAUGUUUCUUUUUAUAGCCUUUCUGUGAUUCCCUUCUUCUUUGCAAGCAUGCGAGUACUCCACAAUUCACUGAAAGACAAAGUUCAGAGUACAGAAUUGAGUACUUAACAAUGCAUAUACAUAGUGACUGUUUAUAAAGUAUAAAAAUUCAUAGGAAGUCACUCUCAAUUUAUGCAUGUCAUGUUCCAGAAGCGUAUGAGUUAAUUGUUCAGAAAUCAGAAUUCAUUUCCUGACGGAUCCAAGGCUAGUUCAUGAAAAUAAAUUUACCCCAACGCUGAUUUGCCUGAUUUUGGAGUCCUAAGAAUAAAAUAGGUGAGAACGUGGAUACAGCCGCUUUCCUAGGAUUUUGUGAGUGCUGUUUUGGUUCUUCUGGUGGUCUCUUCUGCAGCCACCCCAGUGGAUGCUGAGCUCCAAGGGCCCUUCCAUCCCACACACCCUCAUCUCCAAGCGGAAAAUCAGCCCAGGCACAGCUAUACAUUCCCAAGGUAUUUGCACUUUUCAGAAAGGACUUUGUUUAAUGCAAAGACUAGGACUUCCAACGGCAGUGGGGGAAGAAUCCUCUCAGUGGGAGGGGAAGGAAAGAAGGCCUGGAGCCCCUGCUGGGCCCGGCCCUGUGCCCCCCUCCCGGCUCCAGGCUCUCCAUCCUGCCUCUCCCACCCCUUCCUGCGCGCCCGCCCGUCGUCCCUGAGAGCCUCUGCCCUUUUUCUCCCCACAGCCAUUCUUGUGGCAAGUCAGACCCAGGGCAGAGCAGCCUCUGUAUCGAAAAAGCUGCCACCAUAUGUUUACAGAUCUCGGCAGAGCAACGUUUUGCCCGUUGCUGUCACUUGCCUGUAUUUACUGCCGGCAAUGUGCCGCUGCAAGGGGGAGGUUGACUCUGGCUUAUAGGUAAAUUGUGCUCUGUAAACUAGCCACUGGAAGGCGCACAGUAGGGCAUCCCGGACUGAGCGGCCUGGCCACGGACACCGCCGCGGGGGGCCACGUCUCUGUCUGCCCUGCAGGAGGGCACAGGUUUCCAUGGGGGGGACUCGGUACUGAGAGGUGUCCCCUCCUGCAUCUCCUGAUCAGCUUUUUAAAUAUGUUCAUGCUGCCCCUUCACACCAUCUCAAAAUCCUCUCCUUUGAAGAUUCUUCCCCAGCCUUCUCCAUUUCCACAAAACUAGAGCCCUUUUCACACUUUGCAGGCUAUUUAGCGACUGAUCGAUAAGGCCCAGGGCAGAUGCCAACGCACUAGGAAGCUCAGAUUAAAAUAUUUUAAAUUGAAUAUGGUGAACAUGUUAAUAUGAUUCACAAGUAGCUUUAAAUGGAAACUUCUAGGUACAGUGUACUAGGCCCCCUGUCAUUUUAAGGAAAAGGCUUAUACAGAGACACUGAAAAAGCCAAAGAGCCGUAAAGGAAUGGUGAGAAAGUAAUAGAAGACAAUUAUAUGACAGCAUCCUUGGCUUCUCCAAAUACAUCACAGUACUGCUGCAGCGGUACGCGUUUCCCCUCAAAAAGGAGGAGCCCUCUGUGUCAGUCCCAUCAAACUAAACAGAAGGCAGACCUUCGGAGCAGGAGGUUGCAGACAACAGGGAGGAGGUGACAUUCACUGGGAACCACUGUGAAUGUGAACUUGUACCCACAUUAUCAUCUGUAAUUCUCCCAAUAACCUCAUGAGACAGGUGUUGUCUUCCUCAUUGUCUCAGAUGAGGACACAGACUCAGAGAGGUUAAGAAACUCAGGACUGCCAGGAAGUGGCAAAGUCAGUUUCAAAAGAGGUGUUCCUGAACCCAAAGGCUCUCUCAGGCUGCAGGGCCCCAGACACUCAGGUGGGAGAGAGACGGAGAAAAGAAUCUCACAAUGCAGAGUUGAGAAUAUUUGAUUGAAGGGUCACAUCUGUGAUGCUAUGGGGAGUGUUUGUUUGUUUGUUUGUUUGUUUUAGUAGGGUAAGAAAAAGAGAAAAAUAGUCUUUAUAAAUAGAAAGAUCUUAUAUAAUGUAAUAUUCUAAAUGUUUGAAAAUAAAGGAGACCAAAAACUAAACUUUAAUCUUAAAGCAUCUGCCUUAAGUUUUAAUUCAGUGUUAAUUUAGAAAACUAACCAAAUUAGGUGGAAAUGAUGGAAUAAGACUAUUCAUAGCCAGCAGUUAUGCAGAAAAAGCAUGGCAGUCUUCGCCAGGAAUGGUAUGCCCGAUUUAUAAACCUUUUUCAAGUACCAUUGAACACUCAGAAUAAAGUGCCCUGUGGCCAAGAGUGCCUUGCUACCUGCUUGCCUGGAAGUACAUGGUAUAAAUUUGUAGACGUUCAUCAAAGUUUGGGAAUAUGCACAAUAAUAACCAUUUUUCAAAAUGCACUUCCUCUGGAGAGAAAGCAACCGGUUGGACCAGAUUGUUUAAUUUUCCAGGCACCAAGGGCACGCAGUCAGUAUUCCUAGUCACCGUGCACACGACACCUAGGGACUGCCACUUGCUCUACAGGCAAACGGGCAGAAGAAAACCCCAAAGUAUCGCAGCAGCCCACAGAACUUAGGGGUGCUUGGGACACACUCAGGUGAUGCCAGCGAGGUGUAGCAAGGUGUAGCAUGGCCUGAGAAAGCAAGAGGACAUUUUUAAGCACUUCUUACUGGAAAUGUGAACUCAUCAUUGGGCAAGAUUGAUGGAUUUACUGGACUCCACCCACUAGAGGAGCAAUUCAGGAAACAUUUGUUGUUCAGACUCCCCUUCCUCUGGCUGUAUUAUAGUAUUUGCUAAGGAAGUAACCAAUAACUAAUUAAGGUUUCGUAUUAGAACACUCUUUAGAUUUCUAAAAUCUAAUUCAGGGAUGAUAGACCAAAACAAAACAAAACAAAAAAACACCACACCUCAAUUGAAAACAAUCUCAGUCUCCUGAUGAAUGGUGGCACCACUUAUUAAUUGGGGGAAAAAACCCACUAGCAACAUACAAGUCCUCUUCCUUAUACCUUUGUGUAAUAAGGCAAGGGGGUUCCUGGGAGGAGAGACUGGUGAUAAAAGUGCAGUCACCUGCUGAACUCUCGUCCAUUGUUGAUCCUUCAUCCUUUUCUACAAACCAAGACUAUUUUGUAGUGUUAGUUUCUAUCCUGAAGGUUUAACUAGUGGUUUUCCUUUAAAAGUGAUUCUCAAACUUUAGCAUACAUCAGAAUCACCUGGAGGACUUGUUAGACCACAGAUCGCUGGGCCCACUCUCACAGUUUCUGAUUCAGUUGGUCUGGAAAUCUGCAUUUCUAACAAGUUCCCAGGUGUGGACCACACAUUGAGAACCACUACCUGGGAAAUUUCCAACCAAGAUCAGCCUGACUUAUCAAGCAGUAACUAGAGAAAAACUGAACUUAACCUUGGGUAGACAACCUGAGAUUCAAUUCUCUAUAGCAUUUCUGCCCCAUCUUCCCAGUUUCCAGGUUUAUUAAACCAACAAUUGGGUUUUGUAAGAUAAAAGACAAUGAAUGUAUAUGCUCUUUGGAACAGUGAAGUGAGUGUACGCUUCUUGUCUUUGUAUUUGGAAACAUUGAUUCUAUAUACAAUCAUUUGUAUCGUGUUGGUCCUUUGACUUGUCCUGAAGGUGAUUUUUAAAUUUCAAUAUGUAGUGUUUGGGUUUCUUCUGUCCGUACAGUUUUAAUGAGAUGUUUCCAUGCUGGCUCCGUCACAACCGAGGUUCCUGGCUUGCAGAGGCUUCGAGUGGUUAACUCGCUUGCCAGUUGUUUUGCAUCUCUGUUUGGUCACCAAAAUAGCAGCACUUCGAGAUGCUAUGACACAACUUGCUGUGACUUUGUCUUUCCUUUAACUGUGUGGUGUAAAUUAAUAAUUUAAUUUAUUGUAUAUCUGUAAAGAGUCCACCAAAUGGCUUCAUAGAAAUUUGCAAACUGAACCCCCUCCUUUUGAGCAGAGUGUCUAUUUUAAGAACUUUUCAGUAAAUAUGUUGUUUGUGCACAUAUCUGUUUCAAAGGAGACGACAUUCAUUAUCUGAUUUUCCAAUGAGGGGGGAAAUGUAAAAGUGCAUCAGUGUGCUUUGGGAGUACAGUAAAGUCAUGCUGAUUCAAUUAGAUAUGGAGCCUUAGUUGAUCUCCUAACUCUUUAUAUUAUUAAUUAUCUUGGGAAAUCCUUUUUCAUUUGAAAAAAAAAAAAAAAAAGGCCAAAGAGGUCUUAAUGAUAAAUAAUGAUUUGUAUUAUUUCAGAGUAAAUAAUCAUUUAUAAUAAUUUAAAUGUACUUAAGUCCCCUAAUUAGUUAAAUAAUGAUUUAUAUUAAGAGGGAAAAAAUAAGUACCUUAAAGUCAUCACCCACUUACAAACUAUAUUAAUUAAACAUAAUUCUUGUCGAUUUGAUAAAGUGUGUCUAAAGAUUCUGGCUUAAUAAAUACCCUGACAUCAUUUAAAUUAAUUUAGGCCAUUGUGCAAAUAGAAAGUAAUAACUGUAUUUACUAGAGUUAGUGAGAUCAGAAAGCCUUUCAGACAGUGGUAUCAGUGAUUGAAAUCCUUACCUCUGUUGAUGGAAAUGUUUGGAGAGUUUUUAUUUCACUUUUGUUGCCCACAAUCAUUCUGUGAAAAUUUAUGUGUGUAUUACGUUCUUUUAAUAAUAAUAGAUUUCAAAAUUUUACAUUUAAAAAAAUCAAUAUUUAGGAUUAAUUUAUUUUCAAGUUGUUUUACCAACCAGAACCAAAAAUUGGAGGUAGGAAUCUAAUAGCCGAUCUUUUGAACCAACAUGGCAAAAACCAUGUUUUCUCUUAAAUUGAAGGUUGUCAAGCCCCUUUAUUACUAGUCACCUGUGGUCAUCCAUGACUACCUCACAGUCAUUUGCAAGCUACUAUGUAAUCCUCCUUCUGGUUCUGGUUGGAAGCGGUUCUCUUAUAAAAAUUGUUUUUCCAUGAGAUGGAAAAAACUGGACAAGGCUUUGUGCUCCUGAUACUUCGGUUCCACUUUAGUUGAAACCUUGUGGUAGAAUAUCCAGGUACAGCCUGAUGGGCAGGAGGCAAUGCCUAGAGGAAAAGGUCAUUUGGUUGGUUUGUUUGCGUUGGGGGGAGGGACUGAGAAUAAGAUAUUUAUUUCCCAAAUCAUGCCAAAUCAUGCCCAAAUAUAUAUAUAUGAUAUAUUCCUACUUUUCUAAGAGGAAUAAACAAAUUACAUGAUAAAUGGUUUCCUACCACCAUCUCCCACUUUAGAUGCAGAUAAAGCUGAUGGGUGGUAAGCACCCUUUUAUCCUUUCUUGUAUUAAGCCAAAGAAUCAACCUCUUUCCAUUGGAAAUCAUGAGUAAAAGACACUCAGCACAGCCAUAUGAUUUGAGUCUUUCUAAUAGUUACCUAUGAAAUUCUAAUGUCAUCCUUGAAAUCACAUUUGCCAGGAGCCUUGAAGCAUUUCCUUGACUCCAAAGUCCCUGUUGAGGAAAUACAGUUUUUGUUUUGCCCUCUUAUUUAGUCAAUUUGGUCACAUUUACUUAAAAAACAAAACAAAACUGAAAAUCACCUCCUUUGUAUGUUGCUGUAACUGUUUGAUUUGGCGUAAUCUGUCUAUUCAUUAACAGAUCCCUGUAAGUAAGCUUGUAAGUGUAAAACUUUGUGUACAUUUUAUCUGAGAUGAAAAUGAAAAUUCUAAAGAGAAAAUAUUUUAAAAGUUAUUGUAUUUAUGUUGCUUGUGUUGUAGAAUAAAGAUUCAAAUGCAUUAAAAGA